AUGGCGUGCGCCCCUUCUCGGAGGAGGACCCCUCGUGCGAUCCCCUGGGAGAAACUGCCUCUUGGUGUGCUUAAAUUCAACUCGGACGCCAGCGUGAACCAAGGUAGGGCCGCGGGUAGGGGGCUUUUGCGUGAUUAUCAAGGGAAAGUGAUUUUUGCUUUUUACAAAGAAUUCGGAGAGCAGGAUGUUUUGGCGGCAGAAAGUUUGGCUUUGUUGUUUGGUCUGCAGUUGUGUUUACAGAGGGGGUUUAGUCCCUCGUUGGUAGAGGUGGAUUCCAAGGCAUUGGUGCAGUUGGUUGUCUCAGGGGCAAUUGCUAAGUGGCCAUUAUGUAAUAUUUUGAGGAAAGUUAGAGGUCUUCUUGAGGGUUUUUCGGCCUCCGUCUCACAUAUUUUCCGUGAGGCAAACUCCUCUGCGGAUAGAUUAGCAGCUGUUGGGACAGGAGGCGUGUGCUUGUACGAUCAUGUUCACCAACUGCCGGCAAUCGUUCGGGCUUCUAUUGUGCUUGACUCACGUGGGGUGCCGGGUGUUCGAUGGUUAAAUGAGGAGGGAUAG